AUGACGUCCGCCGCAAACCCUCCAAACCCCCCCAAUAUUCACCCUCCGACCGCUGCAGCUACUGCAAACCACGGCGGAGGGCCAACAACCCAGCCCCCCACAACUGCCUCUCACGCGUCGCCUCCCAGCAAACGAGAUCUCAAGUCGUGGUGGAAAAAUUUCAAGCUCUCCAAGCAUGACGAGUCACAUGGUGAAGAUCCCUCCACUCCUUGCGCUGCUCUUCUAGAACAAUGGGUUUCUCUUCCGGGGGCCUGGCACAGCGACGGCUCUGAUCAAGUGCUGUCCCUGGAACAUGUCUCGCAGCAACGCGCUCAUCCAGGCGGCCCUGUCGCACCUCUGCUGCUCAGGCCCGCCCGCAGCUUCAUCUCCAGCCCUGGCUGGCUGGGCAGGGCCUCCCAGAGGCGCAAGACGCGAGCGCGCACCUCCCUCAGCGCCUGCUCGGACGAGAGCUUACGGGCUUGCCCUUCUCUUGAUCUUUGCACCAUUGCUCCUCCGGAUACGGCCCCGCUGACUUAUGCAGAAACGAAAGCACCCGGUAUCUUCGGCGUGCCGUUGCGACAGAGCAUCGUCUACGCGAACGUCGCCAUAUCGCUAGUCGACGACCAUGGCAAAAGUUACAUCUACGGAUACGUCCCGAUCGUGGUCGCGAAGUGUGGGGUUUUCCUGAAAGAGAAGGCAACAAACGUCGAGGGAAUUUUCCGGCUGAAUGGGUCCGAGAAGCGCAUCAAGGAGCUCAAACAGGUCUUUGACUCCCCGGACCGCUACGGUAAGGGCCUCAGUUGGGAUGGUUACACGGUCCACGACGCAGCAAACGUGCUUCGGCGGUACCUCAACGAUCUCCCAGAGCCGGUCGUGCCACUUGAGCUGUAUGAGAACUUCCGGGGCCCGCUAAAAGGCGCGACCAAGUCGGCUGUUGGCGAUGCCGACGGGCCCCAGUUCAUCGACGAGUUCGACGUCGAGGCCGCCAUUAUCAAGUACCAGCGUCUCAUCACACAGCUCCCUCCUCUGAACCGACAGCUUCUGCUCUACAUCCUCGAUCUCCUGGCGGUCUUUGCAGCCAAGGCAGACGAGAACCGCAUGAACUCGCAGAACCUAGCAGCCAUCUUCCAGCCUGGCAUGCUCUCGCACCCCAGGCACGCCAUGGCCCCGGAGGAGUAUCGCCUUAAUCAAUGUGUCCUCAUAUUCCUGAUCGAGAACCAGGACCAUUUCCUGAUCGGGAUGCAAGGCACUGCUGCAGAUGAGAAGACGGUCCAGGAGGUCCAGAAAGGCACCCCGGUCAUCAACGCACCUGCGACGCCCAGCUCAUCUCGCAAGUCCGGUGUCCAUAGAUCUGCGUCAAACGCCAGCGCGGCUGCAGAAAGCAUAUCUCGGGAAGGCAUGAUUCGACGUAACAAAUCAACCAGCUCGAGACACUCGCGCGCCUCCAACGGCGCCCCAAGCCCUGGCAGUCCUGCCCUUGCAUCAACACCGUCUAGCGGGCUCGGCAGGAGCAACACGGUUCCGUCCAAGAGAUCACCGGCAAUACAGUCUGGGAGGUUUGCGCACAUGAGGAACGAGGGUGCCGCAGCGCCUGUGUCACCAUUGACGCCUGUGGUUCCAUCGUCCGGGAACAUACCAGCUCCUCCCACAGUCGAAGAGGUGGCAACGCCAGAAGCCAGCGAGCACGCAGAUCCACUAGCCGGCAGGAAAGGUGGCUUGACACCUGGAUACGCGCCGGAACGAAGCCAGGAGCGCCUGCUGGAGCCCAAGCCAGCUCCCGAGGCCGCGACCACCCCGACCAAGGAGCGGAACCUGAGCAGCCUGUUCCAGCGCUCACCGACGGAAAACAGCGAGAAGAAGCCACCCAACAAGCUUCGGAAAAAGCGCGUGCCGAGCACAAACCCCAGUGCAGCAAGCUCUGCCGCCUCUCUUGCUCAUUCCAGCGCGGUGUCGCCAACUGCCGAGACGUUCAAUCCGAUCGAGAAAAUGACAGAGUACCCGCGCCAAGAAGCCGAAGAGGCAGCGCAGGACUUGUCGAGGCCGGAGGCUAUAGAUACGCCCUCUGAACCGACACCACGAGCCUCGCAGAUGCCGUCAAGCGGGAACCUACCCACCGAAAAUGCAGAACACGGGCUGAGAACCCAUCAGUCGCCACCAACAUCACUGCACAGCUCGUUUAAUGAGGGUUCUGAUGUCGAUCGCGUGGAAGAGCCAAUACCGUCCAUCGAGCAGGUCGAGCAUGGCGAACAGCAGGACAGGAAGCGACGAUGGCGACUGUCUCGCAAGAAGGAAGACUUGGCCGAGGCCCAUGAGCCUUCCGUGACAUCACCUCGCAGGAUUGGGUUUAACAGGACAGCCGAGACCAGCAAUAGCUCAGUUGGUACCGAUCUGAACAAGCCUCGGCACAGUUUUACGGGUGAGUCCUCCGAGCCGACCUUGGAGGCUCACUCCAGCCUCGACUCGGGCAGCCGAGACGCGAGGGAUAACAGGGAGGAACCGAGAGGCUUCUCGGGGUGGAUCAAGAACAAGAUGCGGGAGGCCAAAGAGAACGCCGGACGGACCAAGUCGCCACCUGGUGAUCGCGGAUCCAUCAGCUCGGCCCUUCCCGUGCGUGGAAAGAGCCUCGACAUCAAGCGGCCGACCGAGGCAGAAAAGGAUGCCCCUCAGAAGGCGCAAGAAGCCAAUGCAUCUCAGCACUGA